AUGACGUGCACGACGUCCAGUGAAGAGGAAGAGGCGGACGUUCCACGGGCGGCCCUUAUUUUCGACGUUUUUGUGUUUUAUUUCGAUCGAUUCGUGGUAAAUGCAAAAGUUUUCAUCUACAAAGCGUUUCAUAUAAAAUUAUCGAUUUUCAGAAAACGCUUCCGUCGUUCACCGGCCAAAUCGUCGUCCUCUUCUGUGUUUUGCCCGUUUCCGUCUCGAUCGCCGUCUUUCUCGUGACCGCACUUUUCAACUUUGGCAUCGCUUUCGUCGCGCAAAGUAAGACCGCAUUUUCUAGGAAAAACUCAUUGAAAUACCGAUUUUCUGCCCAAAACUGUUCAUGGACUUUUCGACGAAUUGAUUUUGGGUAAAUCAACAAUUGAAAUGGAAAACGAAUAGAGAAUCGUCGAAUUUGUGGCCUAAAAUUCCGAGAAAGCGAUUGCAGCGAUCUCGAGCGUGGUGCUCCUGCUGCUGCUCGUCCCGUGCCUGACUUUGUGCGUGCUCAGCGCCAUCUCGACCGCCUACCUCCUCCAAAUCGGCCAUUUCGUCUACCGCCGACUCGUCCGACCGCCGCCGACGCACUUCCGAAAACUGGAAAUUGAGGAAAAGCUGAAAAUCUCGUAA